UCGACCUUUUGUCCUCAAGUCCGCGCAGCUGGCGCAGUUAAUCGCACUUAAUCGCUCCCUCAUGUUGUUCUUACUUACGUAUCCUACAUGCAUAGAAUGAGAGAUUGCAGUGCAAUGAGCGCGUCCUGCUUUCGUGGCCUAUUGUAGACUAUACAUGUAAUGGACAAGUUUCCAUUGUUUUUGUUUCUUUUCCAACCCUAUUAUCCGACUACACUCACCAGCCCCAAUCACGCAAGGCUUGUUGAGAACUAGGGCAUAUGGGGCAAUCAUUGGCCGCUUCAUUGGACGAGCACAAUAGACGCGCAAUAGUCAGGCUGUAUACGUUUAGAUGAUACCCUCAUCGUCUUGCAAUUGCUGGAUCCGCCCAUGCCUUCCACAUCUCCUCCUCCUUCAGCCGCCGCCGCCGCCGCCGCCGCAAGUUAUUCAAUCCAGGCCGACCAUCUUGGCUGUUCUUGUUGUAUAAGGUGCCGCCUUUCUUCGAUACAUUCUUUUUCGAUUCUCACAUCAUCGUCGACCUUUUGUGAGUGCCGUUUUCUUUUCUUUUUUAAAGGUUCUUCGAAAGGAAGUUACCGAGCCUGAGGAGCAAGCAAUAAGAACACUUGAUGCGGAUAGCGAGCAAAUGUCACUCUGACUUAAAAUACGCUUCAAUAAGCUGUGAUGCGCACUCGAUCGGGUUUUUCCGAUAUUGGAGAUCUUUUAUUGAAAAAAACAAAAAACUUGAAAAAAAAAAAGAGCGAUGAAAAGUCUUGGUUGAUUUGCCGCCCGUUUCUCAAGUUUUUAUUCUAUUUUGAAAACUAAAACGCAUCCGCAUGUUAUUCUUUUUUAGAGUGGCGUUGGGUCACUGCGCAUAUAACGCAGUUGACUUGGCUGCUGAUUGCGCUACACACGGGCUGAUGAGCAUUUCAAUUGUAUACAGCCAAUAGCCUCCAACUCCCCCAAACAUUUUUUUUAACGUUUUGUGUACUCGGACCGCUCUCAGACACUUGAUCGCUUGUCAAUCAAAAAGAGAAAGAAAAAGCCAAUCAUUCCGUCUAAUUUUGUUCGGCCAUUUUUUUUCCCCCAGUCCGUUUUCUGUUUCCAAGUCAUAAGCCUUUUUAUCUGCAUUUUUAUUUUAUUCAUCGCCUCUGAUAGUCCGUGUGUACAAACGGAGGGGACUUCGCUAUUGGAUCUCGAUAGUAAACGUUGUGUACCAUGGAAUUACAAAUUGCUUCAAAGAGAUUAUAGUUUUAUCUAUUGCGCUGUUGUUUGCUCAAGGCUCAAUCAAUCGUUUAUUCUUUUUUCGGUUAUUCCCAUAUCUGAAUGACGUGUUAACACCCCUCUCGUGAUGCCAACUAUUUUGUAAUAAUGCUUUGCAUCAAAUAGCCAAACGCACUACGAAGCUAUUUGUUUAUCGCUGGACCGGUCAUCGAUGAUUCGAUCAUGACUUGCAAUAACUCGACUUACCAAGUAUAUUGGCUCGUCAACUCUGAUGUGUACUUAAUAUGUUUUCGUUGACGUUUAGGACAGGACGCUUAACAUAUACAGCCACUGUCCUGUUUCUCUGAUUAUUUCUCUGUGUGUGUGUGUGUUUGUGGACAGAUACCGAUGGGCUUUUCCGUCCCACUAUGCUUGACCUUUUUUGUUUUUUUCUUUUUGGCUGUCUGCAUUAUCACCAUCAAAAAUGCCUGCUUUUUAUAUGUGGCUGCUAGCUCACAUUGAAACAAAUGUAAUGCGUAUACGGUUUUGUUUCUUUGGUUGAUGAUUUUUGGAUAUAUAUAGUACAUGGGCGGCUAACGACGUAUGGGUCGGCUGAACGCGUCGUAAUCGAACGAGCUAUAUACUCCACCGAGGAGGGGGAGGCGGCUGACAAGUUGAGAUGGCGGGAAAAGGCCACUUCAAACAGGAUAUAUGCGGCCGAUUGAUAACGAUAAUAUCCUGUUCUAGCCUGCUCAUAUAUACAAGGACUUUUAACACGUUGGAUACAUCACAACAUAUACGCAUUUUUGUUUCAGUACGAAAAGAAAGGGACGAUACACAACGAGCUGCUCUGCAUAACUGUUAUUGUGUCCUCAUCGCGUAUAGGGUCGCUCGUGAAACGCGUGCCGUGAUCAGUAUUUGACGAAAAUUGACCGAAGUUGGGUCUUGUCCGACACUUGAACAUUUGAUUGUUUGCUGCAUCCAUUUUUAUUCAAAUCUUUUUUUUUUAAAUUUUGUUCUCCGGUUAAUAAUGGCCAGCAAAUCGUUUACCAUUGAUCACAUUCUUCACGGUUCUUCUACCACCGAUUCAGAUGCCUCCGUCGGCGAAACUGUUUACCCCCUUGCCCAUCCGCAACAUUUCGUUCCUUAUUGGACGGGUGAUUCUUAUUGCCCGUCGUCGAGUUGGCCCAUUCAGAAUCCAAUGGCUGCGGCCAUUUGGCUCCCUCAACAAGGACAACAACAUCACGCUAUGCCCGUCGAUCUUUCAAUAGGAACUCAACGUCUGCCUCACCUGCAAACGAGUCCGGAAGCUGCAACACCAAACCUGACGCCUCAAUCGUCCAUGUUAUUCAACAGCAGCAGCAGCAAUUGGAUGGUUCCGUCGGCGGCCAUGACCGGAUGUUGGACAAGCGCAGGCAGCCCCGAGCUCAUGUCUUAUUCCCACCACCACAACCACCACGGUUUAUCAACGCCAAUGACUUCCACAUCAAUCCCUUCGCCAUUCUUCUUGACUCAUCAGCAUCCGCAUCACCACGAAGCGGCCAUCCGGUUGGCUGCUGUGGCUGCUCGACGUCAUCGCCACAUGCCCAUUCUGCAUCAGCAGGCGACCAGAAAGGGCGGCCAAAUCCGUUUUACUCACCGACAAAGUCAUUGCUUGGAGGAGACCUUCAGUUCGACCCGCUACUUAACGCCCGGUCAACGUAGAGCGCUGGCAAAUAAACUUUCGCUCAGCGAACGUCAGGUGAAAACCUGGUUUCAGAAUCGACGGGCCAAGUGGCGAAGAACUCGCAAGGGAGAGAAGCUUUUGAUGAACGUGUUACCGAAAAUCGAUAACCAGACGACAAUCGACGUCUUUGACGACGAAGAGGAGGAAGACGAGGACGACUUGGAGUUUAGUAGCGAAGACGAGAAGAAGAAGCCAACUGCGAUAAACAACAAGCACAAACAAUAGUCAAUUGGAUUUUCAGGUUCAACUGAUGACAUCCAACAGAGAAGUGUGUGCUGACUCUGAAGGUGAACGCAACCACUUCACGCUAAACGGACCCCCUGACUUCGGGGACAGAGAAACGAUUAGAAGGCGCUUUUUCUUUCUUAAAUGCGGCAUGGUAAAUCUCCACGUCGUUUCACUCCAGCAAUGUCGCCUUUCUAUAUAGAAACAGUGUCGUAUGCGGAGCUCUUCGGAGGACCAGAAUAAGUUAGGCUACCGUAUAUCGGCCUGCUCAAAACACGAGAAUGGCUUCAGUUGUAUCGUACAAGACGACGGUGGGAGAGAAAGCCACCACCAGUCAAACUGAUAGAAGACCUAGUUAUGUCAUGUGUAACGGGUAAAACCUGUUUUUUUUGUUUUGUUUUGUUUUGUUUUUUUUUUCUACAUGCGAGUUGUCAUAAAAGCUCAAACAGCUUUUACACUCGAAAAUAAACACGAGAUAUUGCCCUCCCCGCUACUCACGCCCACCCAACUUAUCACUCUCAAAAAGGCUUCCAUAUUUACCCUAUUAUAAACCCUGUACGGACGUAUUGAAAUAGUGAUCAAUGCCAAUUUGGAAAACAUCAUCUGUGAUAAUCAAAGUCGUCGAUACAUGUUUCAAACAACAUAUUGUGCAAUAUCUUACUGCAUUUUUUUUACUUGUGAAUUUAUAUCACAUUCGUAGCAGUCAUAAAAAAUGAAUUACUGUAGGCCUAUUCAAUUCAGAAAGAACAUGUAAUUCUUUUUGCUAGUGUAUUUAAAUUUUUUAUCAUUUCGUGCAGAAAAUAUUGCAAAGAAACGCAACUUACGGCCAAAGGGGGAUUCGGUUUGAAUUGUUUAACUGAAAAAAUGUUAAUAAAGUUACCAUUUGUUUUACAUUGA